GCUCAAAAGUGUAAUGGAUGUCAAGGUGAUAAUGAUGAUGAUGGCGAUGACACAGAAGCCAUUAAACAGGGUUGGCCAUCUGAAGAUAAACUGUUGGUUCCACCUUGUGUAGGAUUAGUCAAAGUAAGUGAUUCAGUUGAUUUCAAAGUAGACCCUCAUUAAUUGAUUGUGGAACCCGCAGUAUGAGUGCCCGACAUCUCACACAAAGCUAUACUGGCUGAACCUCGGGUUAAUUCACGCUUAGGCACAUGCACCUAAUUUCAAUAACGUUGUCCUAGAAAAAUGAAAAAAGGAAAAAGCCAAAAAGAAAUUAAUUGGACUAAUUAAGCCACAUUCUUAGGGUGGAUUCAUUUGCGCCCGUUGCAUUUCCUCGCUAGAAUUUUUUUAAAUUGUUUUUCAGCUUUAAAACGAUUGGCCAAUCGAACAAUGCCUUCUUUAUAUUAGGGUUUUCUUUGGUGGGAAAACGAAGAGUCCAUGUUUAGAUCUCUUCAUCCACUGGCUGACAAACAAACAACGAACACUUACCGAAACCAUUUCUCAAGGUCAUAAGAAAAUCGCUGCUCCUUUAUCUCCUUCAUUACCCUAAAGGAGCAUUUCGUGUAUGGAUAAAGGUACUAAGUAAUGAUUUUGGUACGAAAUUGACGUAAAGCAGGAGUAUCCUCACGAUAAGGCUCUUAAGUGACUUCAUGGCUGUGUAGUUAGGUGAGGAGCUACGGGUGACUUGAGUUCGUCUAUACCACUUCUCUCUUGUUGUUAUAUCUGGCCUGAAAAGACGAUUUGAGUAAUUUCCUCAUUCACUUAGUCUCCAAUCUGCGAGCAACAAAGGAGACGUUGUCAACACAACCAACACAACAACAGAUAAACUUUGCGUCCCGAUCUGUUACCUUCUCAUAACUCUUACUGGUUAAUAUGUAGCAAUCCGAAUUCGGCUUUAUUGUAUGACUCAAAAAUAACGUGUACCUUAAGGCGCGUCCCCCGCCCCCAUUCUCCUUUUUCCCGUCCCUUAGGGUUGAUUUCCACUGUCGCGUAAUUUUUCCGUGCGUACACACGUAAAUCUUCCGCGCGUAAAUAAAUGGAGACAAUUUAUGGAAGGUCACGCGUAUUCGUAAAAGUUAAACCCCGCUCAACUUUUAGGUUUAUGCGUAGCCUUUCAUACAUUGCCUCCAUUUUAUUUACGCACGUAAAUUUUACGUGCGUUCGCACGGAAGAAUUUCGCGACAGUCGAAAUCAACCCUUAGGCCGGAAGACCAGUGACCUGCUCUUAAGCUGCAAUGCGAUAUCUUUCCCUAGGCCUGUCGAUCGUGCGUGAAGAAGAUUUCUGGAGCAAUUAAAACUUCGGGUCAAGUAACUUCAGUAGAGAAUACUCAACAAUUGGACGAAAUGGCAGACGAGGUCUUAAGGACCAGUCCAUGGUAAAAAUAUUUGGCUUAUUAUUACAAUAGGCCCUUUGCAGCUUUCCGUUCACGUGGUACAAAACCGCCAUGCUGGGACCCAAAAGUCGCACUGGGACAAGACAAGCAAAGGAAAUUACCAUUUAAAAUUAUGUAUGCCUUUUAUUGGUCUAGCCCCAGUGCGACUUUUGCGUCCCAACAUGGCGGUUUUGUACCACGUGAAUAGAAAGCUGCAAAGGGCCUAUCACGGGCAGUUCAACCAAUAGGAACAUCAUCAUUGUCGUCAUGUUAGCGCGGGAAAAGCGCAGGAGAUACACCCUUCCAAAGACCAGUUAGCGAAUAUCAAUUGACACUGCUGGAAAGAGCGCCUUAAAAUCAAGAAAUUUACAGAGAUAUUGCUCCAAAACCUUAUGAAAUCUUACCGGCCUUUUAAUGGUUGUGGGACGAACUUUCCUCCCACCACCUAUAUACAAAAGUCUGUAAUAUUCCGUGAAUUUGCGGAGCUACAUCUUUGUUGGCUCACUACCAAUGAGAAAUCUCGUUGAAAAUUGAUUGGCAUGUUUAUUAAUUUAAAGGGGUUCUCUUUAGCCGUGUUGCUAACUGGUCCCAGUCAUAAGUUUUUAAAAAACCGUGGAAGGGUCUGUUUUUCACUGAUUGAACUAGAAUACAUUAUACAGUCACUGUGCAAUCAUCUGUUAGGUGUACUGUACGCUAGCAUGGUGUUGUACCGUAUUAAGAGUACUUCACUAAGGCGUCAGAGCUUGCACAUUAGGCGUUAUUUAGCCUAGCGUGAAACGUUAUUUACGGUUAAGCGCAAACGAGAAAGACAAGCUGGAUUAGGAUACUAAGAAACGUAGGGCGUGACAGGUACAGCUGAGGCAUGAGUACGCGCUUGGUUUUAUUGAAGAGGACUAAAAAUUAAACGCGCAUGGAAGAAGCCAAGAAGCGGGAAGAGAAACAAGCAACCAGGAUUCUUAAAACGUAGUGUAGCAGGGCGCGAACGGUCGGAGCGAGAACAGAGAGAGGAAAAUCAAGAUGUCUUUUUCUAAAGGGGAGGAGAGGAAGGGGGAAAAGGAAACGAAACUAGUUUCCUUUGCCCUCCCCCUCUUCGUUUGUAUUGCUAGCGUCCCAUAUUCUGUACUUUAGACGGCUCUGACGUUUUACCACCAACGAUUGUGCCGCUAACGUUUGUUUCUUUUUCCAUUGCAGUGUCGAUGAUGUUGUUAUGAGUCUUUAUUAUCCAAUGAAUCGUCAGAAUGUCAAGGAAUGUGUAAGUUAAGUUUGCGUUAUGUGUUUAAUCCGUGUGAUGGAAAGUUAACUGAAGAUGAUUCUCAAGCUAAAAGAUGUUGUUUUUCGCAUAUUUUCUUCAAUGCAGACAUCAAAGCUUGCUGAUCAGUUGAAAGAUUUGCUUACCAGGGCAAGCUAAAACCCUUAACAUGAAACGUUUCAUCUAAUUUUAUAGAUUUAUUUUUUAGAAGUUAAUCUAGCAAGCAUCUCAAAAAGGGUCGUGGUUUAGUUAGGUAUUCUCUUAAACCAAAGUAAUAAUUUUAAAAUCUCAUGGUUGCACGAGCAUGUAAAUUGUUGACUUAUCAAAACUGAGUCAAGUUUAAUGCAUGCAACAGGUUUUGAACGCGAGAAGUCGCGCUGGCGUGAUCAGAUUGUCCUAUAUUCCCAUUGGUAGACGAUGGUUUUCAAUCGAGCUUUGGGAGUAUUCCAAAAGUAGUUGCAUUGAUUUGGAUAAUUGCGACGUUUAAUGUGAUAUAGCUGAAAAAAUCUCGCGCUGCAUUGUGGACCAGUCAGUAAAAAGGUCAAAAGCAACGCUGACCUGCUCACGCACUUUUUUCCCGCGCUUACAAGCCGUUUGCUUCCGGNUGAUUCUCAAGCUAAAAGAUGUUGUUUUUCGCAUUUUUUCUUCAAUGCAGACAUCAAAGCUUGCUGAUCAGUUGAAAGAUUUGCUUACCAGGGCAAGGUAAAACCCUUAACAUGAAACGUCUCAUCUAAUUUUAUAGAUUGAAGUUAAUCUAGCAAGCAUCUCAAAAAGGGUCGAGGUUUAGUUAGGUAUUCUCUUAAACCAAAGUAAUAAUUUUAAAAUCUCAUGGUUGCACGAGCAUGUAGUUUGUUGACUUAUCAAAACUGAGUCAAGUUUAAUGUAUGCAACAGGUUUUAAACGCGAGAAGUCGCGCUGGCGUGAUCAGAUUGUCCUAUAUUCCCAUUGGUAGACAAUGGUUUUCAAUCGAGCUUUGGGAGUAUUCCAAAAGUAGUUGCAUUGAUUUGGUUAUUGCGACGUUUAAUGUGAUAUAGCUGAAAAAAUCUCGCGCUGCAUUGUGGACCAGUCAGUAAAAAGGUCAAAAGCAACGCUGACCUGCUCACGCACUUUUUUCCCGCGCUUACAAGCCGUUUGCUUCCGGCUUGAGUCCUAAUUGGUUGAUCGAAUUGUCUGCCUCAGUUCUAAUUGGCCAGAAUCAUUACUUUGGUUUUUGGUUUUGUAACACUCAACUGAAAACGUUUUAAACUUUUAAUUGUCAUGCUCUCCUUUUUUUUUCUUUAGGAAUUCUCAUUUUACCGUGGACUCAGAUUCUUCUUGGCUUGACUUUUUGAAUAAAGCAAUCGACCACAAUCUGAACAAAAUAACGGGUCUUCUUCAAGAACAAGAAGGAUCAGAUACGUGA